GGCUGUUUUCUGUGAAAGGACCUGUUACUCUGUUCUUGCUGCUUGUUGUAUUGCAUCCCAAAUAUGAUGCGGAUGUGAUCUUGUGGUGUAUGGAAAUACGGUACGCGUUUAAAUACUUCAUCCCUGUCAUAUUAAAGGUUAUGGCGCAAGACAGAGUGCAACAACGUGUGCUUCAGUACCAGCAAACUCUGAUGUAUGGACGCUAUACACAGGAGCUGGGCGCCUAUGCCAAAGAAGAGGCAGCUCGCCUGCGUGAGGAUGGAGCACUGCGGAGGACCACCAGUGUGCGAGGCCAAGCCCCAGAACUGCUGGAGUAUGAGAAGGACCCGUGUGCCAAGUGUCAAGUCUGUACGUCACGGUGUAAGAAGUUCCUGAUUUCCCGUGUGGGUGAAGACUGGAUCUUCCUCAUCCUUCUGGGGCUCCUCAUGGCAUUGGUCAGCUGGGCCAUGGACUACACUAUUGCCUUCUGCCAGCAAGCACAGAAGUGGAUGUAUGGUGGUCUGCAUAAUAAUAUGCUUCUGCAGUACCUGGCCUGGGUCACCUACCCUGUGGUUCUCAUCACAUUCUCUGCUGGCUUCACACAAAUACUUGCACCACAGGCAGUGGGGUCUGGGAUCCCCGAGAUGAAGACCAUCCUCCGAGGUGUGGUGCUGAAAGAGUACCUCACUUUCAAAACAUUUGUCGCCAAAGUGAUUGGCUUAACUUGUGCCCUUGGCAGUGGCAUGCCUCUGGGCAAAGAGGGACCAUUUGUUCAUGUUGCCAGUCUGUGUGCUGCUCUGUUGAGCAAAUUUAUGGCUUUGUUUGGAGGAAUCUUCAUGAAUGAACUGAGAAACACAGAGAUGCUGUCAGCCGCCUGUGCAGUGGGGGUGGGCUGUUGCUUUGCGGCCCCAAUUGGAGGAGUGCUGUUUAGUAUUGAAGUCACAUCAACGUUCUUUGCAGUAAGGAACUACUGGAGAGGAUUCUUCGCUGCAACCUUCAGUGCCUUUAUCUUCAGGGUGCUGGCAGUGUGGAAUAAGGAUGAGGAGACAAUCACGGCUCUCUUUAAAACUCGCUUUCGUCUGGACUUUCCCUUUGACCUACAAGAGCUUCCAGCUUUUGUUGUGCUCGGUAUUGCCAGUGGUUUUGGAGGGGCUUUGUUCGUCUACCUGAACAGGCUGAUAGUGGAGUCUAUGAGGAAACAGAAAAUCAUCAACAAAUUUUUGCUAAAAAAAAGACUAGUGUAUCCUGCAGUGGUCACUCUUCUCGUGUCCACACUCACCUUUCCUCCAGGGUUUGGACAGUUUAUGGCAGGCCAGCUGACUCAACAUGAGUCACUAGUUGCACUGUUUGACAACCUGACCUGGUACAAGCAAGGUGUUGCUGAGGAGUUUGAGUACGCCAGUCAUGUACCUCAAGCCUGGAAGCACCCACAAGUCAGUGUUUUCAUCACACUCUUGCUCUUCAUCAUCAUGAAGUUCUGGAUGUCAGCUCUGGCCACGACGAUGCCCGUGCCUUGCGGGGCCUUCAUGCCGGUUUUCCUCAUUGGUGCUGCAUUCGGUCGACUGGUUGGUGAGAGUAUGGCUGCCAUCUUCCCUGAAGGGAUACACGCUGACAGCACUGUAUAUCCCAUAGUUCCCGGCGGUUAUGCAGUUGUAGGGGCGGCGGCUCUCUCUGGUGCAGUCACUCACACCGUGUCCACCGCUGUCAUUGUGUUUGAGCUGACCGGUCAAAUCUCACACAUCCUGCCUGUGAUGAUCGCUGUGAUAUUGGCCAAUGCUGUGGCUCAGAGUCUGCAGCCUUCUUUAUAUGAUUCCAUCAUCAGGAUCCAGAAGCUUCCCUAUCUGCCAGAGCUGGGCUGGGGACAGGAGAAAUAUAAUAUCCGUGUAGAGGACAUAAUGGUGAGAGACGUGCGAUAUAUCACUCUCUCCUCCUCUUAUCGGGACCUACAGGAAGCUCUCGUAACAGGCCAGCUUAAAACCCUUGCACUGGUGGAGUCCAAAGAGUCCAUGAUCCUGCUGGGUUCUAUGGAGCGUUCUCAGCUGCAGUCCCUACUCUCACAGCAGCUCGGCCGUGCUCGCAGGCUGGAGUACUUGAGAGAGCGUGCCCAGGACAACGGCACCCAUGUGCCCACGUUCUCCCAGGAUUCUCCCCCCAAGACUGCCCAUGGCGUACGCUUCCUGAUCUCCACUGAAGAGUCCUCCUACAGCCCCACUCUGACUAACUCUCAGAUCCCCCUCAAGUCUGCCCUGAAGACGGUGUCUGCGAUCAGCAACACAGAGUCACUGAAUAGCUCUCCAAAUCUCUCCUCAAGGGAACCUGUAAAGGAGGUAGUCGAGAGCAAUGCUGGCCCCAUGGCUCCUAAGAGGAGCAGGAGGCUCAAGCGUGUGAAGAUAACCAUGGCGGACACUCCUGAUGUAGAAGAUGACAUGUCAACAGCAGAGAUAGCAGAAUGGGAGGAGCAACAGUUGGAUGAGGCUGUAAAUUUCAACAAUUGUAAAAUAGACCCUGCCCCCUUUCAGCUGGUGGAGCGGACAUCUUUGCAUAAGACACACACUAUUUUCUCACUUCUUGGCUUGGAUCAUGCUUAUGUCACCAGCACUGGCCGUCUAGUUGGGGUUGUCUCUUUAAAGGAGCUGCGUAAGGCCAUUGAGGGCUCUGUAACAGUGACUGGAGUGAAAGUCCGUCCACCGUUGGCCAGCUUCCGUGACAGUGGCAACAGUAGCAGCAUUUCAGAGGUUACCGAACUCCACAAGCUCUGGAGUCGUCACAGGAGCAUAUCGUUGCCGAGGGAACCCAACCUCCCCGACCUGGAAGACCAAGGGGAGCAGCCAUCCGAGGGCAGCCUUGUGAAUGAGACAGAGUGCACGGAGCUGUCCAGCCAGAACAGCCUGUUACACACAGACGACCAAUCAGAGCUGCCCUUCACCAAUGCCACGCCCCAAGAGGAGCUCCAAUCACAGCUACCCUGUGACUGCAGCCUCCCUAUUGAGGACAGUAUGGAGAAAGUCAAUGAGCAAUGCCCAACCCAGAAUGAGGAACCACUGAGUGAGGCAAGCCCCUCCCACGCAAAGGGGCAACCAGAAUGACAGCUGGCUGUGAUUGGCAAUGCACACUCCAUUUACACCAUAAACAGUAUUGUGAAGUCAGGGUGAGGAGAACUUGGAGGCAAAUCUUGAAGCCGUGAAGCACACUGUCUGCUCUGUACUAAUCAAAACCCCAGUCAAUGGUCUUGCCCUCGCACAAAACGCGCUGUGUGUGUGGGUGUGUGUUUGUAUGUGUGGGAUGUUCAUAGUUAUGCUGCAGUGUGCGCGCUGUGUGGCUUUAUGUUGGUAGGAUACAUUUUAAAAGUUUGUAUCGGGAUAUGUAUUACUUUAUGUUAGUGUUAAUUGCCAUUUACAACCCAUUUUACUUCUGUAAUGAGAUAUAUUUUAGAGUGAAACAGGAUAUUUAAUGAGAAAAAAUAUAGGAUGGAACUUGAUUUUACCCAUUGGGAAUUGAUUGGAUUGCAAAAAUUGGUGCUACAUACCAGAGUGGAGCCAGACAGAAUGUAAGUUUUAAAUGUGAAUGGCUAUUUGGUUAUUGAUUAACAUUACCCAAUAGCCCCUAAAGUAUUGUCAGUGGAAAAGGAAUAUUCUGGGUUCAAUACAAGUUACGCUCAGUCGACAGCAUUUGUGGCACAACGUUCACUACAACAAAACUUAAUUUAGAAUUUGACUUUUCUUUAAAAAAAAAAAAAAAAAGCAAAAAUCUGGGUUCCAGUGAGACACUUACAAUAGAAGUUUUUAACAUUAAAAUACUUUUUCAAAAGUAUAGCUACAAGAUAUAAACAAUAUGAGUGUAAACAUGAUUUUAGUGUGAUAAAAUCACUUACUAACUUUCUCUGUAUAAAGUUAUAUCCAAUUUUACAACUUCGUUGCCAUGACGACGUAAUGUCAACCAACCCUAAAACCCUAAAAUGACUGUAAAAUUACGAUUUAAACAACUGUACCUGUAUAUCUCAAAUAAUACAUGAGUUUAAACAGAAGAAUUAAUGUAAGUGCUUUUAUAAAAUGAUAAGCUUCACAUUUCUGCUUUUAAACCCUCCAAAAAUUGGGCCCAUUCACUUUCAUUGUAAGUGCCUCACUGUAACCUCGAUUUUUUUCUUUUUCUUUUAUAAAAGGAGGGACGAGUUGAAAUAUAUUUUUGUGGUAAUCAACAUUAUGCAACAAAUGCUGUUGAUUGAGCUUAACUUGUAUUGAACCCGGAAUAUUCCUUUAAGCUACUUUUUGCAUUGUCUAAUCAAUGCUUUACUCGUCUUGACUAUUAUAUAUUGAAUUGUCUUUAUUUUGGGACCUUUCACAGCAAAUAUUGAUAUAUGCAAUUAAUUGUGAUUAAUCUGAUUAAUCGAUAUUGCAAAUAAUCCAUUAGAUUUCCAUUUUUAAUUGAUUGAGAGCCCUAUAAUAACAAACCAGGAUUAUUUUUGGAAUAACAUGCACUGAUCAUUAAUAAUAAUACCAGGGACAUGCAUUAAAGUAAAUAGACUCCAUUUUUAAGGAUUUUAUGUUGAUUUUAAUGUAAAGUUUAACAUUUAUGUCAGAUCAUGACAGGCUCAUGAGUGAUCAUAUGUUAGUGCAUGUUUUUUUUUUUUUUUUUUUGUAUGUAUAUUUACCUUAAAAUUGUAUGUUAGUUGAUGUAUGGUUUUAAAGCGCACUCCUGUGUGUUUUGUCUUUUGCGUAAGUGAGAGAAUGUGUGUAAGAAAGGCAGAGUGUGUGCCAGUGUGACUCAGCUGCACCUAGCCAACGCACCCAUCUGGUGCCGACACUUUAAAUCCAAAUAAAAUAGUCUCUGAGAGCAAAACAAAAAUUUUGCUCUAAAUAUAGACACUGCAAGGCUUUACAAAUAGGGGGGGUGGGGGGGCUAAAAAGGACACAGAGUACAUGAAGAACAAGAACAUGAUGCAAAAUGAGGAAAAGAUGGAAAGAUUCCAACCAGGGUAGUUUUGAAACACAUUGUAAUUACCAUUCAGAUGAUACACAGCAAUUCACAAACCUUUUCCAUACAGUGAGCACAUGGUCUGGGUGGUGUUGCCUGUAAUUAUGAGGAAUGAUAGCCCACAACACAUUAGGCAUGCACAGAUACAGUAUGUGUCAAGACAAGCGUAGCACAUAGCUGCCUGGCCAUAUUAAAAUGUACAAAAGCAUCUUCCCUCAAAGCACUAAAUAUCCUGAGAGACUCCAAAUGGAGAAAUGGAGGCUCUUAAAUUCUUAAUUAUAUGCAUUCACCCCAAUGCAAUCAUUUGCAUGCUCGCACACACGAACAAACAAUACUCAUCACAGAGCGCUGGCCCUGCUUUGCAGUUAGCUUAAAUACAACCAUUUAAAAAGACUGCACGAGGCUGUUUAAUGUAUAUGUUACUUCAUCAGGUUUAAUUACUUGGCCUUGGGGAAUUUAAACUGCGUUUAUGAGGCUAAAUUAUCCUGGAUUGAAAAAUCCAGAACCUGGUACUUUUUUGCAUGUGCUCAUGAGUUUAAAGGAAUAGUUAACCCAAACUUACCCUCAUGUUGUUCCAAACCCAUAAAGCUUAUUUUUUUGCAGAACACAAAAUUAAAUAUUUUAACAGAUGCUCUAUUUGCUUAUUUUCAUACAAUAGCAGUUGAUAGUGACUCACUUUAAAGCUUAAAAAGCACCCCAAAGUGUCAUGAAAGUAGUCCAUGUGAUUUGUGCAUCAUAUUCCAAGACUUCUGAAGAUAUACAAACACUAUGUGUCUUGAACAGAUUGAAAUUUACGUAGUUAUUUGCUCUAAAAAAUAAAAACAAAUCAUUGAUCAACUCCUGUAAACAGAACAAAUCAAAUAUGGCGACACAUCAGUAACAUUAAACAUAAUUGGUUCUUGCACAUCUUGUGACCAAAUAUCAUGACAUCACGAUAUAGGUGCUUUUUUUAAGCUUUAUUGCGAGUCGCUAUUAACUGCUGAUGUAUUCACAAUAGCAGUUGAUAGCGACUCACAUUAAAGCUCAGUGAUCGCAACAUUGUUUAAAAUAUCUACUUUUGUGUUUUGCAGAAGUGAGAAAGUCAUAUGGGUUUGGAACAACAUGAGCAAGAGUAAAUAAUUAACACAUUUUUAUUUUAGGGUGAACUAUCCCUUUAAGACACACUAUCACGCUAGUGCAAACACCAAAUCACAAGGAUUUUGGGAUGGUAUCCGCAGUGUAGAUUGAGUGUUAAGGUUUUAGACUGUGUUAGAACCAGCUUUUGUAUAAAUACCAUCACACACAGUCCUUCUAACCGGGCAGUUUGUGGUCCACUGUGCAGAUCUCAUCCAGUGACAUUCAAAGUGUUGAAAUAUAAUUAAUUACAAUUAUGGAUAUUCUGUGUACUUGCAAUCUAGUCACAUUUUAAUUAUUUUACAUAUGUAAUUUUAUUUUCAUAGCUUUGUCAACCGUGCAAUAAUGCUGUAUUCUUAGAAUUAAUGCUUGACAAAUAGGAUUAUUUUACUGAAUAUUUCUACUGUGCAGAUAAUUAAAAUAAUUUUUUUAAUGUUUGCAAUAAUGCACAAAAUUAAUAAGUAUUGUACUGAAACGGACAAGUGGGAGUGAGAGUCUGUGGCUAUUAUAUUUUUUAAAUGCCUUUCAAAGUUCACAACCUUUAAUGUGUUUACAGGACCUCAGCAUGGAGUUUAAUCGUAUUUACAGCAUCUUCAGCCUGUUAGUAUUCUGUUUGCAUCAAUACUGUAUUUGAACAAGGCUGCAGAAUGGUCAAAAACAGCACAACCACCCUAGUCAGAGCAUAAGCAGAGCUAAAUGGAGAAUGUGUUAUGUUUUUGUGCACUGCAGAAAUGGGGGGCUAUGGGUUUGAUUUAAAUGGAUCAAGGCAUGUGGACCAAAAGCAUAACCAUGACACUCGGACUUCCUGACGCAGCCUUUUGUCAUUCUCAAAGGAAAAUGCCUGCUCUGGGUUUCUGCGAGCCGUUACUGCAAGAGCAAAAUGUUUCUUCGCCAUUCAUUUCAGCUGCACUAAUCAGCUGUUUUAUUAAAGUUUGUUAUUCUGGGGACAGAAUAAAUUUAGCUAAUAACAAUCUUUAGAUACGUCGUGUCACGUUUUGUCUCUGUUUGCCGCUUGUGCAGUUUGAAUCAAGCCCAUGGUGUAAAUUGUCUGCUGAUAUGCCGCACAUUCAAUGUAGAGUAAAGCAAUAAGUCUGCUCCCAUCCCCUUAUAUGGUUUUUUAUAAAUCAUUUGCUUGUACAGAAUACAGGGUAAAACGGUAUGUACUGUAUAUGAACUCUCCUCACAUACCCUGUACAUAGAAAUAAGCAUAUUGAAUCCGCUGUUACCAUUAUUUUUCAGAAACAUGAAAUUUUUUUGUACAUCAGUAAAUAUUAAAUUUCAAUUUUAAAAGUU